CGGAAUCACCACCAGCCCAAAAUCUUAAAUCGAACACAUACAGACCUCUCUCUCUCUCAAUUUUCUGGAGGAAGUGAAUGCGCCUCCGAUCCUCAGGGUGGAGAACUUGUCUGAGAUGCUCUGUCUUUCAUUCUACAUGCCACGGAUCUGAAGAGCGAACGUUCCAAUUCCCCUUCGAGUUUUCAAAUUGCGAGCAGAAUUCGGAAACUCGAAACAGUUGCUUAUCUGGAAAAUUCGGACGCUGGAUCUGAUUCGAAAUAUCGUAAAACAAUUGCGUGGGAAAUAGCGUGCUGUUGAUGGAGCUUCGUCAACCCCGUCCCUUCGGAGCCGAAGGAAGGAAAUCGACGCAUGACUUUCUUUCGCUGUAUUCACCAGUCCAACAAGAUCCAAGGCCUACUUCUCAAGGCGCUUACCUCAAAACCCAUGACUUCCUACAACCACUAGAGGGGUUAGGGAAGAACAUUACCAAGGAAGAAAAUAGCACAGUAGAAAUUAUCACGACGUUAGAUAAGCCACCACCGCUAGCUCCUCCACCUACUUCUACUUCCGGCGAGCAUCUCCUCCCCGGGGGCAUCGGGACGUACAGCAUAAGCCACAUUUCUAAUUACUUUAACCAAACAGUUCUGAAGCCGGAGGGGGCCGCUGCAGUUUUUACCGUGGCUCAGUCAAGUAGUACAGACCGUAAUGAGGAGAAUUCGAACUCUAGUUCUUUUAACACAGGAAGUGGUUUUACACUGUGGGAAGAAUCCGCGGUGAAGAAGGGAAAGACAGGGAAGGAGAAUGUUGCCUCUGGAGAUAGCAAACAGGUGUCAAAAGAGGCAAGGGUAAAUAUUAGACGAGGCGCACUAGGAGGCGGCGGAGGAGGAGGAGGACAAUGGGCGACGUCGGGGCAGCGGCCGUCACAAUCUUCUUCCAACCACAUUGCCACCAACCAUCGCAAUGCCACCACCACUUUCAGCUCACUCUCUUCCUCUCAGCCACCUUCAUCUCAGAAGAAUCAAACUUUCAUGGAUAUACUAAAAUCUGCUAAGGUUUCCCAAGAUGAUGACGACGACGACGAGGAAGAGUUUGUGCUCAAGAAAGAGCCAUCCCUGUACCCCAAAAUUUUUCCAGAUGAUUUGUCUGUAAAACUGGCAGGUGAGGGUGGGAAGAGCAACAAUCAGAAGCCUAACACCCCAAGAUCAAAACACUCGGCAACUGAGCAGCGUAGGAGAAGCAAAAUCAAUGACAGGUUUCAGAUGUUGAGAGACCUCAUCCCUCAUAGUGACCAAAAGAGAGAUAAAGCAUCGUUUUUGCUAGAGGUUAUCGAGUACAUUCAAUUUUUGCAAGAGAAAGUGGACAAGUAUGAGGGGUCAUACCAGGGAUGGAAUCAAGAACCACCAAAGUUGAUGCCAUGGCAGAAAAACAAUCAGAGUUCUGUAGACGGUUUUGUUGAUCAAUCUCAAGCUACAAAUAGUGGUUCUGGUCCAAAGUUAAUGUUUGCUGCAAAGUUUGAUGAGGAUAACAUCGUCGUCUCACCUACUAAUCCCCAGAAUGGACACAAUGGCAUAGAAUCUGACUUGAGCACUGUUACGACCUUGAAAGAAAUUGAUCUCCGCACUGUAUUAACAAAUAAAGCAGUACCUCUUUCUCUGCCCCUGCAGCCAAAUAUGCUCACUCCUACAGGAAGUAGCAGUCUAAUGGUUCCAAUUCCAGCUGGAGUGACAUCCGGUAUGGAUAAUGUAAUGUCUCAACCUCAGUCUCCAUUCUUGCAGAGCAGAUCACAUGCAACUGAUAAUACUGUUGCAAGUAAUAAGCUAAAGGAACAGGAGUUGACUAUUGAAAGUGGUAAAAUUUGCAUCUCAAGUGUAUACUCUCAAGGGUUGCUAAAUACUCUAACACAAGCACUUCAGAGUUCUGGAAUAGAUUUGUCACGGGCCAGCAUCUCAGUGCAAAUUGAUCUUGGAAAGAGAGCAAAUGGUAGACUGCCAGCCUCAACAUCCACAGCUAAGGAUGUGGUGGCACGUUCAAGGGCUGCAAGCAGUGAGGAGGAGUCAGAUCAAGCCCUAAAGAGGCUCAAGAAAAGCUAGUACGAUUCUUCAAUAGCAUUCUUAUAAUUUUUUUCCCCUCCAAUUAGAUUUAUUCAUUUUUUGCCUUGUGGAUUUCCUUUGUUCAUGUUUGGGGGAUUUUAGUCUUUGUGUACAAGCCUACCCAGAUGAGGAACCACCUUUGUACAUGUAGGUUUUCUUCCUGAUUGUUAGGUUACGUUGCGCAGAUUUUCCAAGCAACCAAACAUGUAUUAUAUGUUCCUAUUUGAGUGUCAUUACCAGUGUAGAGGCUUCCAUUGUUAAACUGAGAAGCUGUUUUUUCCAUUCAAGGCUUCCAUUAAUGUGAAGUUAUGAACAGUUGCUCUAUCCAAACAUUCUGCUGCUUUGUUUUGGUGGAGUACGUAAGAAUAAAAUUUCCUUUUAUCUA